UCAAAGGGCCCUACCGGGUUAGGAUGACUUGGGACGCCACAUCACUGGAAGCGGCAACGCAGAGAAGGAAUUUGUGAGAUGAAGGUCGCUGGGUCCCACCCCUUUCCUGCGGAGUUUCCCUUUCCUGUCCUUAAGCGCACCCUCCCCUGUCCCUUGUCCCCAGCCCCGCGAGUCUGGGCUCCGGACGGCGCCCUGACUCCUUCCUCCUCCCCUUCGCUGGGCUCCGGGCGAUCGCCGCGCGCUGGUGGGGCUCCCAGUCCACGGGAGCCGGCUCCUCUGCGCGGCCCCAGCUCGAGUUAAUAAACAGUUAAGUUUGGAAGACUCAGCAGACACGUUGAGGGGGAGUUACCCAGCCCAGGCAGCAAAAACAUCCCGGCGCAUUCCUGGGGAGUCCUCAGCUGCCAGCAUCUGAUUAGAACCAUAUCUCGCCGGGAGUGGCCCGCGGCUCCGAGGCUCCCGGGCCGGCGGCUAUUUAAGCGCGGCCGCCGUGUCGGCUGCGCGGUAGCCAGGAGGCUCGGGCACCACCGGGAAGUCAUGCUCGCAUCGCGGAGGCGCUAGCUAGCCUGUGUCUGCAGCAGGUUAUGUUUGUUUGAGACAUCUCCAUCGGGGAUCGCUGGGUGUCACUAAGUGUCUGCUGGUGCUGGAGUUGGCUGUCUGCCUCCUUGCCAUGUCUAACGAAGCAGAAACAAGUGCAACUAAUGGUCAGCCUGACCAACAGGCGGCACCAAAGGCACCGUCAAAGAAGGAAAAGAAGAAAGGCACUGAAAAGACAGAUGAAUAUCUUUUGGCCAGAUUCAAAGGGGAUGGUGUGAAAUACAAGGCCAAGCUAAUCGGCAUUGAUGAUGUGCCCGAUGCAAGAGGGGAUAAAAUGAGCCAAGAUUCUAUGAUGAAACUAAAGGGAAUGGCGGCAGCUGCUCGGUCUCAGGGACAACACAAACAAAGGAUCUGGGUCAACAUUUCUCUUUCUGGAAUAAAAAUCAUUGAUGAGAAAACUGGGGUAAUAGAGCAUGAACACCCAGUAAAUAAGAUUUCUUUCAUUGCCCGUGAUGUGACAGACAACCGAGCAUUUGGUUAUGUAUGUGGAGGGGAAGGCCAACACCAGUUUUUUGCCAUAAAAACAGGGCAACAGGCUGAGCCACUAGUUGUUGAUCUUAAAGACCUUUUCCAAGUUAUCUAUAAUGUAAAGAAAAAGGAAGAAGAAAAGAAAAAGAUGGAAGAAGCCAGCAAAGCAGUAGAGAAUGGGAGUGAGGCCCUAAUGAAUCUUGAUGACCAAGCUUGCAAACUGAAAUUGGGUGUUGACCAGAUGGAUUUGUUUGGGGACAUGUCUACACCUCCUGACCUAAGUAGUCCAACAGAAAGCAAAGAUAUCCUGUUAGUGGAUCUAAACUCUGAAAUCGACACCAAUCAGAAUUCUUUACGAGAAAAUCUAUUCUUAACAAAUGGCAUCGCCUCCUGCUCUCUUCCUCGACCAAAGCCUCAGGCAUCUUUCUUGCCUGAAAAUGCCUUUUCUGCCAAUCUCAACUUCUUUCCCACCCCUAAUCCUGAUCCUUUCCGUGACGAUCCUUUUGCACAGCCAGACCAAUCGGCACCCUCUUCGUCUGAUUCUCUCAAAUCUCCAGAUCAGAAGAAAGAGAAUUUGACUAGCUCGUCUACCCCUCUGAGUAACGGGCCCCUGAAUGGGGAUGUUGAUUACUUUGGUCAGCAGUUUGACCAAAUCUCUAACCGGACUGGCAAACAGGAAGCUCAGGCAGGCCUGUGGCCCUUAUCAAGUACGCAAACACAGCCAGCAGUGAGAACUCACAAUGGGGUAUCUGAAAGAGAACAGAACGGCUUCCAUAUCAAAUCCUCCCCGAACCCUUUUGUGGGAAGCCCUCCCAAAGGACUGCCCGUACCGAAUGGCGUAAAGCAGGACUUGGAAAGCUCUGUCCAGUCCUUACCACAUGACUCCAUAGCCAUUAUCCCACCUCCACAAAGUACCAAACCAGGAAGAGGCAGAAGGACUGCUAAGUCUCCAGCAAAAGACUUACUUGCAUCAGACAUCUUUGCUCCUCUCGUCUCAGAACCUCCAGGCCAGACAUCUCCAGGACAACCUGCAACCAUACAGACCAAGCCCCUGGACCUCUUCAAAACAAGUGCUGCUGCCCCAGUAGGGCCCCUUGGGGGUCUAGGUGGUGUGCCAGUUAUAUCUGCUCAGACAGGACCGUGGAACCCAGCGCCCUUAGUCUUUAGUCAAUCCACUACAAUGGUCCCGGGCACUAUGAUGGCUGGUCAGCCUUCAGGAUUCAGUCAGCCAAUCGUCUUUACCACAAGCCCAGCUGUUCCAGGUUGGAACCAGCCUUCAUCCUUUGCAGCCUCAGCUUCACCUCCAGCCCCUGUAGUCUGGGGCCCGUCAGCAUCCGUGACACCCAAUACUUGGUCAUCAACCAGCCCGCUGGGGAAUCCUUUUCAGAGCAAUGUUUUUCCAGCUCCUACUGUGUCAGCCCAGCCCCCUUCUAUGCUCUCCUCUCUCCUGGUCACUCCUCCUCAGCCACCUCCCAGAACUGGUCCUCCGAAGGACGUCUCCAGCGAUGCCUUUGUUGCCUUGGACCCACUUGGGGACAAAGAAGUGAAGGAAGUGAAAGAAAUGUUUAAGGACUUCCAACUGCGGCAGCCGCCUACUCUGCCAGCAAGGAAAGGAGAGCAGAAUUCCGCUGGGACUUCAAGUGCCUUCUCCAACUACUUCAACAACAAAGUUGGCAUUCCUCAGGAGAAUGCAGACCAUGAUGACUUUGACGCUAAUCAACUGUUGAGAAAAAUCAAUGAACUACCAAAGCCAGCUCCCAGACAAGGUGCCCUGCCAGUUUCCAAAUCUGCUGACAAUGCAUUUGAGAACCCCUUCUCUAAAGAUUCUUUCCGUUCAUCACCAGCGUCUAUGGCUUCUCCUCAAUCCACAUCUUCUGAUGUAUAUAGGGAUCCAUUUGGAAAUCCUUUUGCCUAACUUCUGAACUUGGCAUGCUGACUGUCCAGAGGAACAAAAAGGUGGAAGAAGAGGAUGACUGCUCAGGAUCUAAACGAGAUGGUGGCCUCCUGAACCUCUACUGAUUAGCUCCAAGUAGUCCGAGCUAAAGGCCUGUGGUUUUACGUUGAAUGAUAAUAGCUGAUCACGUAUGGCAUCAUUUUCCAUCUGACUUCCCACUCAGUCAUUGUCAACACAGACUUGAAAUAGUAUUUUAUAUGUCCAAAUACCUAAAUGUGCUAACUGGAGGCAACUGUUUCUAGGGAAUUGAAUUUUUGAAAGUGAUGGACAGCCACACAAUUGUUUUGUACAUACUUAUUUUCUUGUGCACUUUUCUGUAUGCAAAGAAAGCUAUAAAUUUACUCAUUUCAAUAAACUGG